AUGCUAACCGGGAGAUAUCUCCUCUCAGCGCUUCAUGGCUGGCGAAGCUUUUUCUCCUUUUCCUGGCAAGCGCUCCCAGAUUCAUCUGUGGAGUUUUGCCGAGCGCAUUUGCUGGAGAAUGACGGCUGCUGCCUGGAUGAGCAAUGCGACCCAUCUGUGGUGCAACGGAACGUCAGGCGACCCGGGGCCUCCUGGGAGUGUAUUGCUGCCCAGGGCUGCCUCUCAGAACCAGGUUUUCGAGGGGAUGAUAUGCUGUCAAUUCCUGCAGAUCCUGUUUGUGAUUGUCGCAUCCUCUUCCUCCAUGGAGGUAGUUGGUACCAUGGCUCCCCAAACAGCACCGGGUAUGCUGCGCUGGCGUCCAAGCUGGCAGCCAGGACCCGCUGCGUCGUCAUGAUGCCAGACUUCGCAUUGUUGCCAGUCGGCAACUUCGACUCCAUGCUCAAGGCAUCGGUGGAGGCCCUCCAGUGGCUAGGCAAUCAUGUUCUGGAAGAGUGCGAGGCCAAACCUCCCGUGCGGCUUUAUGUGGCUUGGCACAGGAAGUUGGCAAAUUUUCCCGAGAAACAAAGCCAGAGCAAGAGCGCUUUCCAAAAAACAAGUAGACUAGAGGCCUGUCUUUGUGAGGUUGGUGGAGACUCCAGCGGCGCCACCACGGCGCUUAGCCUGAUCCUUCACUUGGGGCAGCAGCCGGACCUGAUUCCAAGGGCCUGCCAGCUCGAGGGGGGCUUCCUGUGGAGCCCAUGGACCAACCUGCUGUGUGACACGCCGGACUACUUCACCAAUGCUUACUCCAUGAUCUUCAACUCAUCCUCUGAUGCAUCAUCUUCAGAACAUCGGGGAGAUAUCUUGUUCAAGAGCCCGCCAGCCAUGAAUAUGGCUGAGUUCCGCGACGUAGCUUUGCAGUAUGUGGGUGGGCAGAGGGGUUUGCUGGUAGACCCAAUUGCCUCACCUUUCCACGCAGACGCCAGCCUUCUUGCAACAGUGCCACCGCUAUAUUUCCUUGUGGGUUCGGAAGAGACCUUGCUCGGAGACAGUGUCAUUCUGGCUCAGAAGGCUGCCGCAUAUGGUGCGCCUAUUGUUGUUGAUGUUUACCACAACAUGUGGCAUGAUUUCCCGAUGUACUCUGAAGGCUGUGGUUCCGGCAGAGAGCUUUGGCUAGCAAAGAAGGCUUGGGAGAAUACGGCUGAGUUCAUCCAAUCAGCGCAGGGAACGCAAGGUUCGAAUGGGUGGCCUCUCCUACGAUACGUCUAUGAUGAGUCGCCGCAGGGCAGGAACGCGUGGUUUGCACCACACCAGCCACUCAGGCUACCUCACGGUCAGCUCCAGUCUGUUUCAGGGACUCCAUUAAGUCUUUCAUCUUUCCUUUAUGGCGUGGUCGUCGGAGUGGUCCUUGCAAGUUGCAUUUAUGCAGCUGUGCAGUCCGCACUCAACAGACAGCAACAGCUUCGACAAAGCCAGCGAGCUGUGCCAGUAAGACUUGAGAUGACGACCAGACGCGACUUCAACCAGUGA